AUGAGUACUCAAGAGGUAUCGCAAGAUAUCAAAUUUCUCACAUUCAACACCUGGGGGCUCAAAUAUGUGUCUAAAUUCCGGAAACAACGCUUGAAAGCCAUCGCAGAGAAAUUGGGUGGGAAAUCCAAUGCUUUGCCCUUGCAUGGUCUUUCAGCAACGCAUUCCGGUGUAGAUGACUACGAUGUAGUUGCAUUGCAAGAAAUUUGGUGCAAAUCUGAUUGGGACUAUAUCGAGCGCAAAUGUCAGCACAACUACCCGUAUCGUCGACUGUUUUAUUCAGGUAUUCUGGCAGGGCCUGGCUUGGCAAUUCUUUCGAAAAUCCCCAUUGAAUCCACAUUUUUGUACCGGUUCCCCAUAAAUGGGCGGCCCAGUGCGUUUUUCCGUGGUGAUUGGUAUGUGGGUAAAUCCGUGGCAGUGACGUUGCUGAAGCCAAGCACUGCAAAUGCGUAUCCACUGGCGAUUUUGAAUAGUCAUAUGCACGCGCCAUACGCAGCGACUGGUGACGCUGCCUAUUACUGUCAUCGCUCCUGCCAGGCAUGGGAUAUGAGCAAACUAGCCAACCUGUACAAACUGGCAGGAUACGCAGUGGUCAUAGUUGGUGAUUUGAAUUCCAAGCCGGGAACUUUGCCACACAAAUUUUUGACAAGAGAAACCGGGUUUGUGGAUUCGUGGGAACAACUGCAUGGUAAACAAGACCUAGCCCACAUUGCAAAGCUGGAACCUCUGCGUCAAAUCGACUACGGCGGCACUACAUGCGAUUCGAUCAUGAACACAUGGCGCUCGAUGAGACAACCGGACGAAGCCUGUAGACUUGACUAUGCACUCAUCGAUCCAAGCAGGCUUGUCACUUUGCAAGCAAGUGUGAGAUUCACAGAAAGAAUCCCCGAGAUUGGCAGUUUUUCGGAUCAUUUUGCAUACAAUUGUACCCUGCGUUUGCAAGCACGGGACGUCCGGUCACAUACAAACGAGGAAAUUGCGCGGCCCAUGAUCAUGGAAAGACUUGAAAUUUACGAAGACAUGCUGAAUGUCUUAGAUCGCUAUACCAAAGUCGCACACUGGCAGAAAAUGUGGCGGGGCACGCAUUUUUGGCUCACAGUGGUGUGCAUUAUAGCAGUUCACAUCGCGAUCACGUUCACUUCCAACCGUGCCAGUUGGUCAUCGAUUUUUUGGGCUUUUUUCAUUACCGUUGCCGUUGCUACUGGCCUAAUUGAUGGUUUGAUCUCGUUUCUGUUUGGGAGAAGCGAGGUUCGCGCGCUUGAAGAGGUUAAGAUGGAGGUUCUGGAUGCCAAAUCGCACGCCUACAGAUUGCUAGAAAACAAAGUUUGA